CACGCCGUCGACGAGGGCCACGUGCGCGCCAUGCGACGCGUCAUACAGAACUUCCAGCUCGCCAUUGGGCAGGUCAAGCCUUUCUCGGCUAAGGGCUCCUUAAUGGACAAGAUCGUGGAGUGGAGGCGGCUGCGCAGGCUGUUCGCCAUCAAUGUCGGCCUCAAGGAGCUGUUACUCCCUCACAUCGCGGCACGGCGGAUGGCGGUUCAGUCUCCUCGACCACACGACGAGGGCGGCCGUCGUCCAUAUGUUGACUCGCUCUUCGACCUCCGUGUCCCCAAUGAGGGCGCCGCCGGGCGGCGCGCUCUUAGGGACGACGAGAUGGUGAACCUAAUCACGGAGUUCCUCGGCGCCGGCACAGGGACGGUGGUUGCAUGCAUGGAAUGGGCCCUCGCCCACAUUGUCGACAAGCCGGGGGUACAGGAGAAGCUCCGUGGCGAGGUCGACGACGGCGAGGUCUCCCGUGUAGUUGCAGGCAUGCCUUACCUGCAUGCCGUCGUGCUCGAGACCCUCCGCAUGCACCCGCCCUUGCCGGUCAUCCCGCGCCAUGUCCAUGCCGAUGCCGUCGGGGUGUUGGUCGGAGGAAUGUCCAUGCCACCGCCGGCCGGCGACUUUUACGUGAAUUUCUCCGUGGGGGACAUGGGCAGGGACAGCAAGAUAUGGUCGGAGCCCGACGAGUUCCGGCCGGAGCGGUUCCUGGCCGGUGGCGAUGGGGACGGCGUCGGCCCGUUGCCGGGGCCCAAGCAGAUCAGGAUGAUGCCAUUUGGCGCCGGGCAUAGGUUCUGCCCGGGUGUAGGCAUGGCGAUGGUGAACAUGAAGUGCUUCUUGGCCGCGCUCAUGCGUGAGUUUGAGUGGGCACUGCCGAUUGGCACCGGCGCUGUUGACCUCACGGAGAUGGAUUCCUUCUUCAAGGUGAUGAAGAAGCCGCUUUCCGCGCGUGUCACGCGACGCAGGAAAUCCAUCUAAAGAUCUCAUGAAUCUGAACGGUAUGUGUAUAAUAAAGGAGGAACGACCAAGCGGUC